AUGGACGCCCACAAAGACCGCGCGACCGCGCUCUUCCAGGCCGGCUCGUUCGCCGAGGCCAUUGGCAGCUACAAUGACGCGCUGGCCUGCGCCAAUGUCCCGACCGAGAUGCAGUGCACCUUGCUGAGCAACAUGGCGCUCUGCCAUCUGAAGCUGCGCGACUUCGCGGCCGCGAUCGGCUCCGUCGACGACGCGCUCGCCAAGGCCCAAGCCUCGCGCGUGCCAGAUGCCAUCAUGGAGAAGCUCCUCUUUCGCCGCGCGCAGGCGUACAUGGAGACGGACCAGCUCGCGGCCAGUGCGCGCGACCUCAAGGCCGUGCUGCAGCUCUCGCCGAGCAACAAGCCCGCCCAGGCCCUCCUGCGGGCGCUGCAAGAGAAGGCGAGAAAAGACGCGUCUGGCGUCGGGAAAGCCCUCAAGGCGCUCCCGUCCCACGACGCGCUGGCGUUCCUCGAGCAUCAGUCGCCCGAGAACGCGCCGGCCAUUUACCGCGACGUCCUCGACCUCGGCGGCGAGCGCACGCUCUGGCAAACAUGCGUCCUGGAUGCCAAGGACCGUCUAGUGCAGGCGCGUUGCCUGCGCAUAUUGACACACAUGGCCAAGCAGCACGCUGCGGCAGUGUAUGCAGCGAUCGACGCGACCCUUCUCGCGGCCUUAGUCCCGAUGCCGGUGCCCGCGGACGUAGACGACGCCACGGUCGGUCUGAUCGCAGCCGUCGUGUCGCUCACCGGUGUGCUCGCGGCGCACCUCGUGACCAUCUCGAACGACAUCCAGGCGGCCCAUGCGCCGGUGCGGCAGCUCCUCGAUGCGACGUUCCAGGGCCUCCGGACGUCGCACGAAGUGCUGCAGCAGGCCACGCUCGACGUGCUCCUCAAGCACGUGCUCCAGGUCAAAUCCAACGGCGCGGCGAUGGCGCUUUGGAUGGAAGAAAUGGGUGUCUUCUCGCUCCUCCUCUCCCAAGUGAAUCUCUUGAAGGACCGCGUCGCGUCGUCGAUAUCGAUGGUGUUUUCGCAGCUGCUCGCGCUCUUCUCCGAGUCGGAGAUGGAGCGGCUAGUCCGCGAGUUCUGCGUCGACCCGGUCGUCGGUGCGUCGAGCAUGGAAGACGCGGCGCCUGGCUGCGUCCUGCUCGCGGGUGUCUUUCUCGCCAACGCCAAGCUCGGCGCGCACAUGAUGCAGUCGCAUCCGGCGUUCCUCAAGCAGCUCAGCGACGUCCUCCUGCGUCAAAAGUCCGUUGCGCACGGCCUCAAGUACCAAGAGCUCGUAAUGGACCUCGUCGCUUACAUUGCUGGCUCGGAAGCCGGCAUGGCAGCGAUCCCGAUCGAACUGCGCAUGGAGCUUGGAAAAUUGCUCCAGUGCUCGAUGGAGCCGCACCAACUCAAGCUGCAGUCCGCUGCGCUCGCGGCGGUCGUCAAGAUGAGCCUCGUCGACAAGACGUUCGAUCCGGCGACGCCCGUCGGCGACAUUAUGACCCACCAAGUGCUCUCGCUCCUCGAGUCCGUGCACAGCGCGCCGGUGACUGCGUCGGUCGUCGGGUCCACGGCGCGGGAGCGCGCGGUCGAAGCGCUUUCGUACCUCAUUACGUUUACACCGGUCAAGGACGCCCUCGUGCGCCGGCCCAAGGCGCUGGAGCCGCUUCUGACCGACAUCUCGGCCACGUCGACGCCAUCGAACCUGCUCUACGGCAUUUCGUACAUUCUCUUCCACUUGCUCACGUCCGAGUCGCACCUCAAGCGCCAGAAGAUGCAAAACUCGGAGCUCACGCCCGAGCAGUACGAAGAGCUUCAGAAGGCCCUCAAGCAAAAAUCCGAGCUCGACGACGGGGACUCGGUGGAGCAAGUGACCAAGCGCAUCGCUGCCGUGCUGGAUCAUCCCCAGAGCAUUUUGACGCUCUUGCAGCUGCUCAAGUGCAAGGGGUCGCCCGCGAUCCUCGACCAAGCCACGCAGAGGUACACGACCGAUGCUGCGAAGCGAAUUUUUGGACAUGCGACAAUUUUUUGCGAUGACAUUAGUGUGCUCCAUGCGACCGAGUACGUCGAGGGCCGGGGCAAGCUCGUGCAAGGCGGUCUCUUCUCGGCCAUGCUGUCGCUUUCGACGCCCCACGCCCGGCACGCGGUGGCCAAGAUCCUCAUCACGACCAACCCGCACUUGAUCCCGGCGUCGCAGCUGCUGUCGUCCAUCUAUCCGCUCAUGGAGCUGCUCAAGGCCGAGUCGAAUCUCAUGCAGUUUGAAGCCCUCAUGGCGCUCACGAAUGUGGCGAGUGUCUCGGACGAAACCAAGGCCCGCAUUCUCUCCAACAAUGGCUUGACGACGAUCCAGUACCUGCAGUUCUCGGACCACACGAUGGUGCGCCGUGCGGCCACCGAGUGCCUCACAAACCUCCUUCCGUCGGACGAAGUACUCGAAAAGAUCUUUUGCCAGCCCGAGAAGGUCCGCCUCUGGCUCGCGUUUGCUUCGCUCGAGGAAGCCGACGAAGACAUGGCGACGGCCCGUGCCGCGUCGGGUGCAAUCGCCAUGGUCAGCCAGUAUCCUGUCGUGUGCGCCGUGCUCUUGGAGCAAAAGGCGAUUGAGACCUUUGCGCCGAUUUUGAUCGAGUGUGACGCGCCGGAGCUUGUCCAUCGUCACCUCUUUGCGGUCCAGUCGUGCCUCGAGUAUGUGCGUACGAUGGAGACGCCGGACGUUGAGGCCUCGGGCAAGCAAGCCAUGUACGAACAGCAGCUCUUGCUACUCUCGUCGCCGAUUGAAAACGUUGCGCGCAAAUUUGCAGCCAUCUCGCCCGAGAUUGUCGAGCUGGCGCACACGUGCCUCGGUCUCUUGGCCAAGCUCACAUGA